CAUACAUUGAUUAAGAUCAUGGAUUUGUAAAGUCUUAAAAAGCAUAGCAACUUUUUAGGUUGAGAUUUGUAGGUUUUCCGUGUAAUAUAUACAUUGUAAAGGACCACACCACCCUUCUUGACCUUUCCCCACUCUAUUAUUCUAUGCCUUCUUUUCACGCCAAAAAACACUUAUAAACCCCCCACAAUAACCCAUCUUCUACUGUGCCCCUUUUCAACUCAAUUGAAUUUGUAAACUUCUUUCUUUUUUUUUUUUCUCUUUUCUCAUCAUUCAAAGUUUCAUCAUCUGCUUUUCUCUGCUAAUGGCUUGUCGGCAAUGAUGAAAGUGGAUUACUUUUGGAAUUGAAGUUAGUUUCAGCCAUGGCUCUUGAUAAAAUUAUUAACUUGUUAUGCAAUGAAACUGUUUCUUUUUUCUCUGUUUUCUCUUCUGAUCCUCUGUUUCAUUGCAUUGUCAUCUUCUACACCUUGAUUUUGCUAUAUUUGCCUCAUCAAUAUUGGAGAAUAGUUUUCUCACCUGUUCUGAUUCUCACCGGCGUUCUAUUACUCUUCAUUCUCCGUCUCGGUGUAAUUCAGAGAAGUGAAGAAUUUCAGAAGGAAAGGAACCAUGUUGAAGAAGUUGAAGAACAAGAAUCCAUUGCCCAAGAAGAAAACAGGGGAAACAGAGAAGAGAAACAGGGGAAGGCAAUUGAGCUUGUUGAAACGAAUUCCAACGACCGGAUCAAGAGAAAUUCUGAAAUUGAGUUCAAAUCUGACGUGGGUUUCGAAUCAAAGUCGUAUUUUGAGGAGUCUUUCAUGGAAUGGAAUGUGAAAGCACCGUUGGAGGUUAUAUAUGAAGAGUAUGAAGGUGAAGAAGCAGAGCAUCAUUCCAAUGAAAAACAAGAAGACACGACUAUCUUCAGGUACCCUUCUUUGUCGCGUUAUUAUCCUGAGUCUGACUCGGACAGCUCGUCGGAGAAUGGUUUUCCGGCGACCGGGAAUUGGGACUCGCCGGAGAAUAUGAGCUUCACUUGGGAUGAAGAAGACAGAGAAGGACUAAUUGAAAUAGCUCUUGAUGGUAGUGGUAAGAAGUGUGGGUUGGAGUUUCACUUUGAGGAAGAGAAUUUGAUCGAGAUUGAUAUUUCUCCGACUCGGCAAAGAGAAUUUUCCGAUGAGGACAGGCACUUCUCCGGUGAGAUUAGUUGCAACUAGUGUGAUAUUUCAUUGAAGAUUAACAUAGUGUGAGUGGAUAUUAUCAUCAUUAAAAUGGUGUCAUAUAUAUAUGCUUUGUAUUGAGAGUGGAGUUGCCACUCCUUAACAUAGUAGAUUGAUUAUCUUGUGUUUUUUGUGAACGUGGUUCAUCUUGUGUUUAAGGGAAUAUUUUAAACAUACGAAGACUAA